AUGGCUUUCACACGCGCCCUUACCACCAUGAGCAUCAUGGCGGUUGUCUCAGGAUUCAACAUGUAUCCUUUGCUUCCGGGUCCGAUAAUGACGGAGAUCUUGGGUAUCUCAAGUAGCUGUCUUUCAGCACUUAAUACCACGUUACCAUGCGAUAACGAUCUCAUGGGCUGGACGCAAAAGGUCGAUCAGAUCUAUUGGCAGGAGAGUGAUGUGGUCACUCUUUGCACUCCUCGCUGUAUCAAUGCUGCCGGUCUUUGGAAGACCAAUGUCGAAAUCGCUUGUGCAAGUGAUUGGCUGCGUCAUGGAGAGCGAUAUGUUCCAGCUGACACGUUGAGCGAUCGGAUUUCAGAGGGCUUGAACAUGGCAUGCAUGCAAGAUUCAGCCAAACAGUGGUGUUUGAUUGAGUCGUACGAAUGGACAGGAUCCGAUGUUGUCCAAAUCGAUUGUGAAGCAUUUCCCGAGGAUCCAUGGUGCUUGAACCGUGCCGACUUCAGCGCCAACCAAAGUCGCAUGUCCACUCUGUAUGACGACGAGCUACUGUGCUCAGAGUGCUUCAUGAAGCAGCUCUAUGCGCGAGUCACAUCCGAGUUUCUUCAGGACACAGACUAUGGUGAUUACCUCGUCAACGAAUACCAGGACAUCCAAAAUGUGUGCAAGAAGAGUAUGGGUGAGCUCGUCACAAGAAUUGUGCCUGCAUACCCCCAUUUGACAGAGGGACCGGAUAUCGGUAAACCUGAAUAUACACCACCGGUAACGAGCACACCUGCAGCAACACCAUCACCAACUGCUUGUGCUGGUAGAGUUUUAGAUAUUCGACCCCUCCUUGAAGACUUCGAUUGCCACGAGAUUGCAGAACAGUUUGAGUUAGCAUCCGGUUCGCUUGCGGCUGUGACUGGAAAUAACUAUUGCACAACCGACGUAGAAAUUUGCGUGCCACAGGCAUGUAACGUGUACCACAUACAAGCAAAUGAUACAUGUGCUUCCCUUGCUCAAACUUGGUCUAAUUCUACAACGAACGUUACUAUGGCUCAGGUUGCUACUUGGAAUCCCUUUAUUCUGGGUGCAUGCGAUCAUCUACUCGUGGGCCAAGUUGUCUGCUCGAGUCCCCCAGGAGGAGCAUGGAUCAGUCCACCAGCUUCAGAGAUCCCUGACAGUAGCGAGGGUCCAGUCCGAGGUGGUCCAGGCAGCACGGCAUCUCUUCCAAUUAUAGAUGAUGCAAGUGCUGUUCCGGCCGAUAUGUUGCAAGAAGGUAUAUCAUCAGACUGCAAUCGAUGGAUUGUGGCAAACAAUACUCAAGCCGCAUGCUGGAAGCUGGCAAACGACGCCAAAAUCUCCACACAGAGACUGUUUGAGUUGAACCCAGUUCUUGGAACAGCUGGUGAAUUCUGCGCGACCCGAGUCUGGCUCGGCUACUAUUACUGCAUUGCGACACCAGGAGACGGCACGAGUCCAAGUCCCACAAAGCCCAUCACAAGUGCGACUCCUACUACUGGACCGGCCAAGCCUACACAGACUCAAUCCGGAAUCGAUCCAAAUUGUAAUUCUUUUGCGCAAGCGCCGGAAACUGGAGCGUCAUGUUGGUCUAUUGCCAAUGGGGCAGGCAUUGACUUGGCCAAUUUUUACAAAUGGAACAUUGGUCUUGGAUCAAACGGAGAGAAUUGUAACACACAGAUAUGGCCCCAGUAUUAUUACUGUGUGGGAGUCGCGACCACAACGUCGAAAGCUCCAACCACUACUUCAAGUGCUCCGAAGCCUGCAAGAACACAGACUGGAUUUCCUUCCAACUGUACAAAAUGGGUGGAGGCCAAAGAUGGAGAUUCCUGCUGGGCUAUCAGCAAUGCAAAUGGUGUCGAUGCAAACUUGUUCUACAAACUCAACCCAGUGCUGGGCGAAGGCGGAGCAAAUUGUGGAUCUCAAAUCUGGCCAACGUACUUUUACUGUCUGGCCAAUUGA